AUGGCGCGCGCCGCCGCCCGCGGCGCGUGUCUGCUCCUGCUCUGCGCCGCCGCGGCGGUCGCCGAGGAGGCCGACGCCUUCAGCCCCGUGGAGUACGCCAACCUGCUCGCCGGGUCCUUCACCAAGGGCGACGUCUUCUCGACGGGGAACACGAUGCCGCUCGUGGGCCGGCCCUGGGGCUUCAACCACUGGGCGCUCCAGACCAACGACGGCCAGAGCAGCUGGUGGUUCAACGGCAACGACCACGAGUUCCGGUGGAUCCGGUGCACGCACCAGCCGAGCCCGUGGAUCGGCGACUACGGCUGGUUCUUCGUCGGCCCGCAGAUGGGCGGGUUCACGACGAAGCCCACGGGCUUCUUCGAGCCUCGGAGCGGGCGCAUCAAGCCCCACGCGAUGGACUUCCGCACCGCGCCCGACGGCAUGCGCGUCGAACUCGCGCCGACGAUGCACGGCGCCGCGCUCCGGGUCACGUUCCCCGGGGCGUCGCGCGCGGAGAAGCGGGUCUGCUUCAAGCUCGGCGGCGGCGGCGGCGACUCCUACAAGUCCGCGGGCGGCGGCGCCGCGGAGUUCCGGACGAACCGGAACUCCGGCGGCGCUCCCAAUUUCAACCACCACGUCUUCGUCGAGGCCGUCUCCGGGUCGCCGUCCUUCGAGUCCCACGGCCACGACACGUUCUGCUUCGGCUACCCGUCGUCGGCGACGACCGUGGAGGUGCGCAUGUGCUCGUCGUUCAUCUCGCAGGAGCAGGCGCGCCACACGUACGACGUCGAGCUCCGACGGGAGUCGUCGCACGAGCGGAGCUUCGGCGACGUGCGGCUGGAGUCCGAGGACGAGUGGAACGCGCUGUUGAGCCGCGCGGCCGUGAAGAACACGCACGCGGACGCGUCGCCGCCGACGUCCGCGCUCGAGGGCAAGGAUUUGGUGGUGUUCUACACGGGCCUCUACCGCGCGCUGACGUUCCCCCGGCGCAUCGACGAGCCGUCGGCCCGCGGCGCGGAGACGCGCGUGCACUGGAGCCCCUACUCCAAGGGCGGCAGCGUCCACGACGGCACGCUCGUGACGGACAACGGCUUCUGGGACACGUUCCGCACCGUCUACCCUUUGCUGGCUUUGGUCUACCCGGACCACCUCGGCUGGAUCGUCGAUGGGUGGGUCAACGCCUACCGCGAGGGCGGCUGGAUCCCCAAGUGGGCGUCGCCGGGCUACCGCAACUCCAUGGUCGGCACCUACGGCGACGUCGUCGUGGCGGAGGCGAUCGUGAAAGGCGUCGGCGGCUUCGACGAGGCCGCGGCCUGGGACGCGCUCCACAAGGACGCCUACGAGGAGGCGCCCCAGGGCGGCGCCGUCGGGAAGGUCGGGCUGCGCGUCUACAACCAGCACGGCUACAUCCCCGCGGACUCGGGCGUGUCCGACUGCGUGUCGCGGACCUUGGACUUCGCGCACGCGGACUGGGCGACGGCGAACGCCGCGGAGGUUCUGGGCCACGCCGAGGACGCGAAGCGGCUCCGGGACCGCGCGCGCGGCGCCGUGACCCACCUCUACGACAAGUCGACGGGUUUGAUGCGGCCGAAGCAGAAGAGCGGCGCGUUCAGCUCCCGCUUCUCGCCGACGCGGUGGGGCGACGGCUACACGGAGGGCUCCGCGUGGCACCACAGCUUCCCGCCCUUCGACGUGGAGCUGCUGGCGAGCCUCCACGGCGGCAAAGACGGCCUCGUGAAGCAGAUCAUGGACAUGCUCGACGCGCCGUCGACGUUCGAGGCCGGCGGCUACGGCCAGACGAUCCACGAGAUGCGCGAGAUGCGCGCGCUGGCCAUGGGCCAGUACGGCCACAACAACCAGCCGUCGCACCACAUCUUGUGGCUGCUGCACCUGUGCGGCCGCGCGGACCUGGGCAACAAGCACGUGCGCCGCGUCAUCGACGACGCCUACAUGGCGGACGCGUACUCGGGCGACGAGGACAACGGCGAGAUGGGCUCCUGGUUCGUGCUCGCGGCGCUGGGCCUCUUCUCCGUGUCGCCGGGGUCCGAGGACUACGUGCUCGGCGGCCCGCUCUUCGACCGCGUGACCAUCUCG